GUGGAUGGAAGUCUGCUUGGAAGAAGAGCUGCCCCCAACUACAGAGCUGGAAGAAGGCUUAAGAAAUGGUGUUUACCUUGCCAAGCUUGCAAAAUUUUUUGCUCCUAAUGUUGUGUCAGACAAAAAGAUCUAUGAUGUGGAGCAGGCACGCUAUAAGAAAUCAGGUCUUCAUUUUCGGCACACUGACAACACUGUGCAGUGGUUAAGAGCAAUGGAGUCCAUUGGUCUACCUAAGAUCUUUUAUCCUGAGACUACAGAUGUCUACGAUAGGAAAAACAUCCCUAGAAUGAUAUAUUGCAUUCAUGCUCUAAG